AUGGGCUCGAGGCAGUGAGAGGUCCUGCACAUGUACGCUUUGAUAGGGGCGAACGACCAUUCUGGUGAGCCACAGGAUUGAAAAAAGUAGCCACAGUAUUUAGAAAAAAGGAAGGAGGAAAGAAAGUUCAAUAUUUUUAGUCCAAAUUACAGUGUUGGAACAGUGCUUUGCACAGUUGAGUGUCCUGGGAGUGGAAUGGCAUGAUGGGUGAACACUGAUGCCAAGCCCCACCCUCCCCACAUUGUCCUCUCCUUGGACUUCCUGCACUUUCUUGUGCCCGUGGACAGGACCUCUGCCCUCCCCUUACCCUCCUGGCUGGGCUGGCCAACAGCUCGGUUUCUGCCUCAGUCGUUGCAAGAGUUGAAAUGAGAGGUUGAGGCAGGGUCAGCUCUCUCGGGAUGCUCAAUUGCUAAACUACCAGCGCCUUCUUUUUCAGAUCUCUGUUGAUACAAAGUGGGUGAAAAAUAUCACAGCCCGUUACAAAUCUUGGUUCAUGCAAGGUCUCUGAGUUACUUUGCCUCAGUGCUGCAUUGCUGUGGGAUGUCCCUGAUGCCUCUGCAUCCUUGCACUGUAACCAGCAAACAUUACAUGAGAACGCAUUAACCGAUAGACUACAUCAUGCCAGCCACCCACCUAAAGUGGAGAAACAGUUACUCAUGCUUUUCAUGCAUCUUCUUGUGAAUCGUUCCCUGCAGCCCAAAUAUUUUUCCCUUGGAAAGCCUGUGGUUAACACAGGGAUGAGUGGGAGUGAGAUGAUUGCUAACAUUCUUUCAACUUUUAUGCCAGCUGGAGUGCAGGUCACAUUUGCAUUUUUUAAGUUUGGUGAAACAGCUGCAGUGGAUCUAAUGUGGUGAUCGUGAUUUAGUAGAGGUAGAGAUAUAUUGUCUAUGUACAAGAAUCUACAAUCAGUCUGAAAUAAAUUAUUUCUUUUAGAGUGAUUUGUUGUCUUCUUCAAAAAAGCCUUGCGGUAUUUUGAAUAAAGCAAAGCCUACAUGUACUUACAGGAUGAUCUGAGUGCAAACAUUAGAAGUUUGUAAUGGGCUAUUUAAGUUGUUAACUUUUACAAACUGCGGUAAUUAAUGCAGAGACUCUGCAGAUGGACACUUUAACAGCUAAAUAGAAACUUACAUCACUCCUAAUUUAGGCAGUAGCAAAAUCUGAGCACUCAUGAAGUCGUGAAAAUCCAACGAGUUUGCAGGGUGAAGGAAUCUCUGAGUCAAUUUACUAUACAAGUCCCAUAAAAAGUAUUUUAAGACCAUUUCUUUUGAGUUUCUUUUUUUUUUCAGCGCGAGCCAUUCAUUUUGACUUCUUUAAAAAACCCAUUUCUCCCUUGGUAAGGGGUAUUUUUUGGCUCCAGAAUAAUCAGUUAAGAUGGGGAGGGGAAAAAAACAUAACCAAAAAUAAUUAUCCUUAAAAAAGAGGGUGAAAAAAAAAGAAAAAAAAAGAAGAAAGGAAAUGCUGUUGGUAGGCAGGUAGUCCGUCGGCAGCUCGGCUCACAGGAGGGGUGGGGGGGUGUGGGGGCUCCUGAUGGAGUUGGGAUGGACCGCCACAGGAUUGGUGGAAGGCUGCUCUGAGUGUGGCCCCAUGCCAAGCCCUUAUGUCUUUAUAUACUGUAAACAGAUGACCGGACAGUCCUGAGUGUGCAUCGCAUCCACUCUGCCUCUCUGCCUCUCUCCAUCUCCAGGGCCCCUGUCAGCCUUUUGCUCCAGCAUCCGCGAAGGCUUCUUUACGCUUCUUCUGCGCCCAGCUGUCUUAUCUCUCCGGCUCUGAAAACAAUGGCCACGCCGAGCCUGCUCCUCACUCUCUACGCGUGGCUCCUGGCCGGGAGCCUCUUAGCGGAGGCGACUUACUACCGGCACCACCGCUACAUCCCCCACUACUACCGCUACCGGGAGCACUCCGCCAACACUGAGAACCUCCUCCCUGAUGUCUCCAACCCGGUGCCUGAAGUCUCGCAGCCGACCUACCCCGAGAUCCCCGAGGUCUUCCACCCGGUGCCUGAAGUCUUCCACCCCAUUCCUGAGGCUUUCCACCCGGUUCCAGAAGUCGUGCAUCCUGCACCUGAUGCUUACAGCCCGCUCGAGGCUGACCACCCCGCACCUGAAGCGUCUCCUCCGGCCAACGUGAGCCGCGUUUUCUAUGGGGUCAUGUUUGACGCUGGGAGCACCGGCACCAGAAUCCACAUCUUUAAGUUCAUCCAGAAAGACCCCGUUGAGCUGCCCGUCUUGGACAAUGAAAUGUACCACGCGGUGAAACCCGGACUGUCUGAAAACAAGGACAAACCUGAGGAGGCUGCCAAUACCAUCCGCCAGUUGCUGAAGAUAGCCAAGAAGACAGUGCCAGAGGAGGAGUGGAGGAGGACCCCGGUGGUCCUGAGGGCCACGGCGGGUCUGCGCAUGCUGCCUACAGACAAGGCCAUCGCUAUUCUAAAGGAGGUAAAAGAGGCGUUUGAUGAGUCUCCUUUCUAUGUGCCAGAAAACAGUGUUUCAAUCAUGGAGGGGAUAAACGAAGGAGUCCUUGCCUGGGUCACAGUGAACUUCCUCACAGGUCACUUGUACUCCAACACAAAGAGGACAGUGGGAAUUCUGGAUUUGGGUGGAGGAUCUACACAGAUCACGUUCCUUCCAAAGUCAAAGAAAACUAUUACGUCUGCUCCACCCAGCUACACUGCCAGCUUCAACCUGUUCAACCACACAUAUCAAGUCUACACACACAGCUACCUUGGUAAUGGACUCUUUGCGGCUCGCUUGGCCACUGUUGGAGCACUAGGAUCUGAUGGCCUGGAUUGGAAAGUCUUCACUAGUUCCUGCCUCCCAAAAAAAUUCAGAGAAGAAGUGACAUUUGGAGGAAGCACCUAUAAAGUUAGCGGGAUUCCAGACGGAUAUGCCGGCUAUAAGUUGUGCUACUAUGAGGUGAGGAAGGUCAUCAAGGGGAUAUUCCACCAGCCGUACGAAGUGAAGGGCAGCAGCAUCUUCUACGCCUUCUCCUACUACUUUGACAGAGCUGUGGAAUCUGGCCUCAUCGAUUCCAGCAGAGGUGGUGCAAUUGAAGUCAGAGACUUCAAGAAGAGAGCCAAAGAAGUGUGUAACAAAAUGACCAAAUACCGCGCCAUCAGCCCCUACCUCUGCAUGGAUAUGACAUAUAUCACGUGCCUGCUAAAGGAGGGCUUCGGCUUCAAGGACAGCACCGUGCUGCAGCUAGCCAAGAAGGUGAACAAUGUGGAGACAAGCUGGGCACUGGGAGCCACCUUUGACUACUUUAGAAACCUCAAUAUCCACUAAGGACGACUUGCUGUCGCUGCAGCUGGCACUGAGAGGGACAGUCCGUCACUGCGGGGCUUCCCUUCCUCCAUCCACCCUCAAUCGACCCACCCCCUCACAGACGCACCCGGGCCCACCAUGCUUCUUCACCCGCUACCCCGACCCCCACCCAGCCACCCCACCACCCCAACAACGUCCUCAUCAACCUCAGCACCCCGCGAACACUUCGAGAACUGUUGAAAGAAAAAAACAAAAAAUCACUAUAUUUUUAUAAGGCCAGCUAUUUCUACUGUAUGUUGAGCUCACGGUCGGUGGGCUUUAUUUUUGUAAAACGUUUACAUUUUUGAUUCUUUAUGGGUGCUCGAUCUGAAAUGUCUUCCACACUUACCUUAGCGUGCGCAGAGGGUAGUUACGGAGCAGUUCAGCCCUGGUCCUGGUGUGCACUGUGCGGAACAGUGGAAUAAAUUUAGGGACGAGAUGCUGACACAUAGCACCCAUAGUUGUCUUUGCUUCUAUAUCGACUUUUUUUUUUUUUUUCCUAACAGUGAAUUAUUUUACAGGACCUUGGUCAGUUUGUUCCCCAGGCUUAGACAGAGCUCAGUGGAAACAACCCUACAGCUUCUUUUCCUCAACAUUGCACGGCAACACUUUAUCUGCAGGUAUUGUAGCUAAGACAUAAUCAGUUGCUUUGACGUCAUCUAUGGAGUUGUACAUAUUCAUGCAAACGUGUUGGACUCAGCAUGGCUCAGGGGGGCGAAGAGAGCGCUGUGGAGGGAUGCCUCUCGCAGGGGACAUUGCAAACAUGAUAAAUGUUUGAGGUUAAUCUCUGUAUUUUAAAGCGCAGCCAUUAUUGGUUGUUUUGUCUAGAGUGGGAGUGACCUUAUUGAGAGUGGAUAAAUUGCAGGGUCUUUGGUCUGAACUGUAUUUUAGACAAGCACUAGAGCGGUGCAUCCUACAGCUUUAUCUACAGCCAUUAAAAAUAGGAAAAAAAAAAAUGUACACCAGAAACUAAAUUUCCUUCAUUUGUUGUGCAGCCAUAUUGAAUUCUGUAUGUAUUUUUUUUUCUUGUGAACUGUACAAAUAUUUAAAUAACUGAAAGUCUAUGUAAGUGUAAGAGCAUUUUAACUAUUCUCUUCUAAUAUAAACACUUCCGUGUAAUUGCUCUCUAAGCCAUGCCUACGCUGUCUUUUCAGUAUUCAACAUAUUCAAUAACUACUGCUGUAUAUACAUGAUGUAAACUUAGUGAAAUGAUUUGGCAGGAACUGCUUUUACAUUACAGGAACUUUGUGCCGCACAAUUGCUGAAAAACGCCUCUGUGUUCAUCAGUAUGAAUAACCUGACGACUUGUACAUUGUUUUUAUUAAAUCCAGUGAGACGGUGUAUGCUAUACAUGUAUGUUUUAAUAAAACAUUAAAAAUGAGCUGUGUAUAUGUUA